AUGCUUGCUCGACAGCUUUUCAGCUGGACAUUUGUCUGGUUUGGUUCAUGCAAAAUCACUUUGCAAGAUCUCAACGUUUCAAAGAAACCUUCGGCAUCUACCCUCAAAGCCCGAGCGCAACCCUUUCUUGAAAAAGAUCUCGGCAAGGAGCUCGACCAAGCUCCAUCUUAUCUUCGACGCCGCUCAGUUGAACUUGUCGCACACGUGCCCAUGAAUCUCAUUUCGCAAGGAAAAGACUUCAAACACAUUGCUCAAACGACAACAUUGGCUGGAAAGCCAGCUAAACUUGACAAAGGAAAAGCAAUCAUGAUGGACACCAGCGACUUGAUCGAGCACGAACCUAACGUAUUCUUUUCCGAAGAGGAAGAUGAGUUUUAUCAGAGUGAUGAUAUCAUAGAACUAAUGAAGGAGACAUAUAAAGACAGCGAGUUUCGAGCUGAACAUCUGAGGUUUCCCGACGAGCAGGCGCUGCUAGAACACUACGGCCCUAUCUGGAAAGCAUCAGGACUUGAAAUAGAUAAAAUGCUUCGAUUUUCAAACUUGAUCGGGUUGGGAAAACGCGCGCCUCUGACCCGGAAAGGCAUCGAGGCAGAAUGGGACGAACUAUACAAGAUGAAACAUUGGCCUAUCUCUUUGGGAUCUUUGACGGUAACGCGUGAAUGGGAUGAUUAUGAGGAUUGGUUCAUGAAUGAGUUGGGCGAUGGCGAGAAAGUGCUGCGCGACUGGGUGAGGUACGUGGUGUUGAAAAGAGAUCCCACGUGGGAUGUGUGGUGGACAGAUGAGCAGCUGGGCAAUUGGCUUUCUUUAUCAGAUAAAACGGAGUGGCGUAGGCAAUUGAUGGAGGGUGACCAAAAGAGAUACUUGUCUGACGAAGGCAGUCAAUCGGCGGCGGCUGAAAUGCAUGAUAGGGCUCCCGGAAUUGAUCUUAACACUCCUGGAAUGAAGACUGAGGCUCCUAAAAUAGAUACUACUCACGAGAUAGACACCAAAGGUCUGACUAAAGUUGAUAACCCAAAUGGAUUCAAAUUCUUCACCUGGAGAUUUCAACAAAAGGCUGAGAUAUUCUUGACAAAGGGAGGAUAUUCAAAAUGGUGGCGACGGAAACUUUGGAAAAAGCUUAGGCCAUUUCAGCGCAAGAAAAAAAAUUAUUCAAGGUCUACAUGA